AUCUACGCCGGAAGAAACACAGUUGAGCGUCAAAUCACAUUUCUAAACUGCUGAAGUCCUGACUGAAUGUUUAUAUUUCAAUGAUAAGUGGGCUGAUAGGUAAAAUUAUAUUUUCAUAAAGAUUAUGCAAUGAUUAUGGAUAAGUUUUGUGUCUUGUACGACCAACAGAACUGAUUUCCAUUAAACAUUUUUAGUAUGACUAAAGUGUCUCUACACUGUAAAUCUAUUGCAUGGCUAUUUGUGAGACACACAUCUACGGGUCGCCUACAAAGCUUCGCAUGCAGUGAACAUCGUUUCCCCCAGAUUUUCCCGUUUCUGCGGACAAUGUCUACGAACACAACAGACAACCAACAUCGGGGAUCAAAGAAACCCAGAGCACCCAAAGAAACAUUGCGACAUGUGAAGUCUAGAGAACAGAGGAAACGUGGAGUGGAUGUGCAUGGACCAGCCACUGUCUACGCGCAGGUCGUCGGGGCAGGGAGCCGAGAUAAUGGCGCAUCACUUUAUGUCUUCUCUGAGUUCAAUAGGUACCUAUUCAACUGUGGUGAGGGAACACAGAGGCUGAUGCAAGAGCACAAGUUAAAAGCUGCUCGCUUGGACAAUAUUUUCCUCACUAGAAUGAGCUGGGAGAAUGUUGGUGGUCUAUCAGGGAUGAUAUUGACACUGAAAGACACUGGUGUCCGUGAGGUUGUUCUCUCUGGACCACCACAACUGGAGAAAUAUGUGAAUGCCAUCAGAGUAUUUUCUGGACCACUGGAAGAAAUCAAGCUAGCUGUUCGACCAUACACUGAGAAACAAUACACAGAUGACACAAUGACAGUUAGUCAAAUACCAAUAUUUGCCCAGCUCAGAGAGGACKGGCCAAAGUGCUCCCCUAACUCAGGGAGGAGCAGCCCCUCCAGUAGUCCCCAGAGGAGGGAGCUGUGGAGGCCGGAAGACUCUGAGGACACCAGCACAGACAGCAGGAAGGAGAGAUCAACCAGCCCAGGUGGAAAAGCAAGAGCAACAAGGGAUCCUUCUUUAGUUGUGGCAUUCGUUUGUAAGCUUCAUCCUAAGAAGGGGAACUUCUUGGUUGCUCAAGCAAAAAACCUUGGAUUACCAUUAGGCACUGCAGCUAUUGGUCCUCUCAUUGCAGCUCUGAAGGAUGGGAAAAGUGUUACCUACGAAGGAAGAGAGGUA